AUGUCAGAACGAACAUCUGCCCAUGCUGAUGACAUUGAAAGCGGCACUUUGGAAGGAAACGGCCAAAACCCGAGCGAUACGUCAAAUAUCGACGAAUACAUAGGUCUAGACCGUUACAUCUCAUCCCUUCGUGAUUCACGUCGCCUUUCUGCGCCCAGCGGAAGCAAUGGUGAAGCUGCUGAGGAGAAUCAUGUUCCAUGGUGGGCACCCUGGCGACGCUUUCGAAGGACUUCGAGCAAAAAAAAUGAUAGCACUGAGAGCACAAACGGAGAAGAGUCAUUCACCAUUCCAGAUGAAUGGCUAGACACCAACUUGCACAAUGGCCUUAGUGAAAAUGACAUUGAGUUUCGCCGAAAGAAAGUUGGGUGGAAUGAGUUGACUGCGGAGAAAGAAAAUAUGUUUCUCAAAUUUUUGAGUUACUUUCAGGGCCCCAUUUUAUAUGUCAUGGAAAUGGCCGCUGUGCUUGCUGCCGGUCUGCGUGAUUGGAUAGAUUUUGGCGUCAUCAUUGGUAUUCUUAUGCUGAAUGCCACGGUGGGCUGGUACCAAGAGAAGCAGGCCGCAGAUGUUGUGGCAAGUCUGAAGGGUGAUAUUGCGAUGAAAGCCUUCGUGGUACGUGAUGGACAAGAGAAAGAGAUACGAGCACGGGAGAUUGUCCCAGGUGAUAUUAUCAUUCUAGAAGAGGGCUGCACCGUUCCCGGAGAAGCUCGUCUGAUAUGUGCCUACGCCGACCCAGAGGGUUUUGAGAGAUAUAAAGAGCAGCAAAGCUCUUUAAACGACGACAUAUCGACGGAGAAAAGUGAGGAAGAUUCGACCCAUCGAAAGGAAGAAGCCUGGGGGUCCUCCAUCGUGGCGAUUGACCAAUCUGCAAUGACAGGAGAAUCUUUGGCGGUUGAUAAGUACAUGGGCGAGGUGUGCUAUUACACGACGGGCUGCAAACGAGGAAAAGCAUAUGCAAUCGUGGUUACCAGCGCAAAGAAUUCCUUUGUCGGCAAAACAGCCACGCUGGUUCAGGGCGCUCAGGACCAGGGUCAUUUUAAAGCCAUCAUGAAUCAAAUCGGGACAACCCUAUUGGUCUUGGUUAUUUUUUGGAUACUGUGCGUGUGGAUUGGAGGAUUCUUCCACCAUUUAAAACUCGCGACACCUGAAGACAGCUCUCAAAAUCUGCUGCAUUAUGCUCUGAUCCUCUUCAUUAUUGGAGUGCCCGUUGGUUUGCCCGUUGUGACCACCACAACUCUAGCAGUCGGAGCAGCAUACUUGGCAAAGGAAAAGGCCAUAGUACAGAAGCUGACAGCGAUUGAAAGUUUGGCGGGUGUUGAUGUACUGUGUUCCGACAAAACAGGUACAUUAACAGCCAACCAGCUCAGUAUCCGCGAACCGUUUGUCAUUGAAGGUGUUGAUGUUAACUGGAUGAUGGCGGUAGCGGCAUUAGCUUCGUCACAUAACGUCAGGAACCUCGACCCCAUUGACAAAGUGACAAUCUCGACGCUCCAGCGCUACCCAAAAGCCAGGGAGAUUCUUCGGCAAGGUUGGAAAACAGAGAAGUAUUCCCCUUUCGAUCCGGUAUCUAAACGCAUCACCACGGUGGCGACGUUAAAUGGCGUCCGCUACACUGCGGCAAAGGGUGCGCCGAAGGCAAUCAUUAAACUCACCAACCCAUUAGAAGAAGUGACCAGGCUGUACCAGGAAAAGUCCACCGAGUUUGCCCGGAGGGGAUUCCGCUCGCUUGGUGUCGCAGUCCAAAAGGAAGGACAGGACUGGGAGCUUCUUGGCAUGUAUCCUAUGUUUGAUCCGCCCCGGGAGGACACAGCCCGUACAAUUACCGAUGCACAAAAUUUGGGGCUCAGUGUGAAGAUGCUCACCGGCGACGCUAUUGCUAUCGCCAAAGAGACAUGCAAGAUGCUUGCUCUAGGUACCAGAGUUUACAAUUCCGAGAGAUUGAUUCAUGGAGGCCUGACUGGGUCAGCACAGCACGACAUGGUGGAAAAGGCAGAUGGGUUUGCAGAAGUCUUCCCUGAGCAUAAAUAUCAAGUGGUUGAAAUGCUUCAGCAACGGGGACAUCUUACAGCGAUGACUGGCGAUGGUGUCAACGAUGCUCCUUCUCUCAAAAAGGCUGAUUGCGGUAUCGCUGUUGAAGGGGCAACCGAGGCUGCGCAAUCUGCAGCUGACAUCGUGUUCUUGGCCCCCGGAUUGAGUACUAUUAUCAAGUCUAUCAAGGUUUCCCGGCAGAUCUUCCAGCGCAUGAAGGCUUACAUACAAUAUCGAAUUGCCUUAUGCCUCCAUCUCGAGAUUUACCUCAGUACCUCCAUGAUUAUCAUCAACGAAACUGUGCGGUCCGAGCUCAUCGUUUUCCUUGCCCUCUUUGCGGAUUUAGCCACCAUCGCCGUUGCCUACGACCGUGCUCAUAUCGAGCUUCGUCCAGUUGAAUGGCAAUUACCGAAAAUUUGGGUUGUCAGUGUUCUUCUGGGUGUUUUGUUAGCCCUGGGAACCUGGGUGAUCCGCGGAACUCUUUACCUUCCAAACGGCGGUAUUAUUCAAAACUUUGGCUCCGUUCAAGAGAUCUUAUUUUUGGAGAUCUCUUUGACGGAAAAUUGGCUCAUCUUUGUCACGAGGGGAGGUAAAACGUGGCCAUCAUGGCAAUUAGUCGGUGCGAUCUUUGGCGUUGACGUUAUUGCAACAUUGUUUUGUCUUUUUGGCUGGAUUUCUGGGCCUGGAGAGACCAGCGAUCCGGCAGAUCAUGCUAAAUUCAGAUCUGAUGGAUGGGUAGACGUGGUCACUGUGGUCGUGAUCUGGGCUUACUCAAUCGGUGUUACCAUUGUCAUCGCGCUGGUAUAUUAUGUAUUGACAAAUGUAUCCUGGCUGGAUAACUUGGGUCGGAAGUCCAGGAGCAAGGCAGACACCAAGAUUGAAAAUAUCCUUGGGCAUCUAUCAAAAUUGGCUUUGGAACAUGAAACAGAGCCCAGUGGCAAUGAUGUUUAUCGCCUUACCACAAAGACAGCAGUGUCCGAGGAAGAAGAA